AUGCAGCAUCCAACUGAAUCUCAAAGUUAUUUGAAGAACUUACCAACCCAGAAAACCAAAAAGAACAAAAGAAGGAAAAUUGAAAAGAAGAGUGGGAAAUCCACGUGGGUAUGUUAUGGCGGCAAAGUGAGAGAGGAACAGAUAUGCGGAAUACAGUACAACAUUUGUGCCGUAUCUGACUUGAGGUGGGAUAUUUCUUUAGGACUAUGGUUUGGACGAGCCACAACAAAAUGCACAAAGAAGGAAGAAGCUAAUUUAUGGCUUCAAGUCCAAAAUCCAGCAGAAGUUGUCUCUUGUCCAAUCCAUGGUUUUAAAGGGAUGAACCCCUCAAUGGUUUUUGGUUUAUGCGAGAUUUCAGAAUCAAUAAGCUAUAUGCCUUACAAUAAGUCCCUCGCUCACCUCCCCACAAUCCUCUUCCAGUAAUUUUUCCCCACUCUCACCCCUCCUCACAACCCAUUAAUUGCAUAACAGUGAGGUAUAAUAGAGAGAGAAGCUAUCCUAAGAAAUGAAAAGAGUAAAAUGGGUAGUACCGGUUUGGACUUUUGUAACAACAGUUUUGAAGAAGGUGGAAAGUGAGGAUUGGAGAGGUUUUGAGAAUUUGUAAUCUUAACGGAAGAAUGAAUAAUUGAGUCGGUGGAGGGUUUGAGAUUGGGAGUAAAUGGUGGAGUCAUGAAGGCCAUAUUUCUAAAUUGAAGGUGGCUAGUAAAGAACACUGUAGAGGAUGAUGCCGCAAGACCACGUGGUUGCCUUACAACCAUCAUAGCUGCAAUGGUGGAGGAUCUCUGGCACGGUUUAUGUCAACGUGUCCUGUGUGAUGUGGAGGAAGCCGUUCUUGAGCUGCUCCGACUUCAGCCAAGAGGCUAAAGUCAAAGACCCAAAUCCAAAAAUCAAUUACUUAGAUCCAGAUAAAAAAACUCAACUACUCCGAAAAAAAAAAUUAGACCCAGAUCCAAAAAUCCCACAAAAAAUUUCAUACCCAAAGUUUAUCCAAAACAAAAAGGAAAAACACAUUAUUAAAAUUAGAAGAACAACAAUAAAAAUGAAAACUUUGAAAUCAAACUUGAGAGAAUGACACAGAGAGAAGAAGAGAGGAUCAACUUAUCACAUACGGGGUUGAAUAGGGAAAAGGGGGUUGCUAGUGCCGAUAGAAUUGGUAGGAUUUGAUUAGAUCUGAGGAAAACUUAGGUAGAUAAGGAAAGAGUGAAGAAAUUUUGUGAUAAAGAAAACUGAGGAUGUAGCAUCAGAGAAAAAAUUCACAAUUAGGGCACAAACUGAGUUAUGUGUUGUUCCUUAAGCAAGACCUCAAUGUUGGCAUCAAUGAUGGUGUAGAGUCUGGCAAAGGCAUCAUCACCUGAGACAAACAAUGAUCUAUUGUUAAAUGGAUAGAGCGAAAAGGAUGGUGAUUAAUAUUUUUGAGAUAGAG